UGAAUGUGCUUGUCCUUGCAGCAGCGCCAACCAGAUUCGAGUCGAGAGAGGACUUCCAGUUCAUUAGUUCAAUAUCUCCGUACCCCCAAGAGCAAGAUGGCGCCGAUCUACGCGCUGGACGACGAGAUGGUGGCACAACUGCUGUCGUUCGCUGCUCCUCGAGACGUCGAGUCCUUCACGUGUGCGUCCAAGUUCACGGCGCGCACGGUGCUGCCACGGUUUCCUGUGUGGAAGGCGCUGUUCUGUCACCGCUGGGAGACGCUCAACUUCCGUCUGCCAGGCGCACGCAGUGGCUCCGUUCCGCUUGUGAUUUCAGAGCAAACGCGAAAGCUUUUCCCUAGCGACACCAGCGAGAGCCGCAUGUACCAGCUGCUGGCGCACGCGAUCACGCCGCUGCCGGCGUACGCAGAUAUCCAGCAGACACGACACUACAGAGGCAGUUUAGCGCUGGAACAAAAUGUCGCGCCCCUUCAUGCGCAACCUGUGAAGCCGUCUGAGGUGGUGGACUUUGGCUUCGACGGCGACAUCCUGGGCGACGAUCGCUGCGUGAGGUCUAAUGUCGCUUUCCCUACCUCAUUCCACGUCGCAGUGUUUAAGCGCCAGAACCAGCAGACAAAGAAGUUCGAGUACCAUGUCGGUGUGGUCUCCAGUGGCUACUUCGAGAUCUCCAUCACCAAACGUAUAAAGCCAUCAGCGCGACGAGUACAUGGAGAGGAUGUGACUUCCAUUGGACUGGUGACGUCGCGCUUCCCACUCGUGGACCGACAGCCGGGAUGGGACUUCCGCUCCUACGGAUAUCAUGGUGAUGACGGCCAGAUGUUCCACUCCAACCGAGGACGUCAAUUCGGUCCUGCAUUCGGCAUCAAUGACACUAUUGGCUGCGGUGUGCGGCGAAAUAUGCGUGACGGUCGCUCCUUCGUCAUGUUCACGAACAACGGCGAGAUAAUCCAAAACGACAACAGCAACAUUGAGUGUGUGCAUGAGCAGUGGUAUCCUGCAGUCGGGCUGGACUCGUCAGAUGCCAUCCACAUUAACUUCGGGCAGGAACCAUUCGCUUACGACUGUGUCGUCGAUGAGAUGCUGGAAGAAUGUGUGGACAACGUCGAUAUUGUGCAGCGGCAGUUGCAGUGGUACACUAUCCACGACUCGGACGGCGAGAGUGCUUCUGACACAUCCAGCACUUCAGGGAAUUCACCGGGCUCGGUCAAUGCGAAUCUGGUGGACGAAAGUGACGGAUACGACGAGUACGGUCUGGUAGAAGACUAUGACGGAACCGAAUGGCGAUAUGCUACAUCCGAUGCAAACUCUGACACUGAAAUGUGGUGGUCUGAAGGCGAAUGGAGCGACUGAGCUUGUUACCAGUGUCACAAAUCACCCAAAUUGAAGCGCAUCGCAGUGUGUACAGGCUUUCACUUACACAUAGAGAUCCAAGACACGAAAGUCUGUAGUUUUCAUAUUAGUAAAUUACACUUCUGUAUUAGUCGUUUACUUCAUCCAUUUUUCACGAAAGCAAUGCAACAUCCAUGCACUGCCAAGCCACUUAGAAA